AUGGAUCAUCCCAUUUUGGUUUUAAAGGACCCAAUUGAGUUUGAUUAUUCUAAGAUCGUUGAAAAAGUCAUUAAGAAACUUACAAGGGGAUCACCGGGCCUUGAUAUAUUAAUUGAGAGAGGGAUCGAAACCACAUACGAACUCAAUAAUGUGUUAUCAGUUUAUUACCAAACAGCUCGUAAAGCAGCUAUAGGCGCGGGUUUUGGUUAUGGGUUUGAUAUUAACGUUUUGUUUAAUAUUCAAGAUAUUUCAAAAUUAGGUUGGAAUGUUCUUUACAAGUCUGAUUCUGAGACCUUUGAAGCUAUAAGUGCCAAAAAAGUUGUACUGGUUGAAGGUGGCUCUACUAAGGCAGUAUUGGCUGAUAAGAAGGCCGACAAGGAUUCCACGCAUUUCAUUUCAGAGUUCCCUACGACAGCUGUAGGUGGGACUUUCGACCAUUUACACGAUGGCCAUAAGAUUUUACUAUCUAUGGCCAGCUUUCUUACUAAAAGAAAGCUAAUAAUUGGCAUUACUGGUCCCAAAUUAUUGGAAAAGAAGAAAUUUGCAGAAGUUUUAGAAAGCUUUGAACAAAGGCAAUCAAAAGUGAUAAGUUUCAUUCAAAUUAUAUCAAGAAAAGAAAUCACCUAUGAGAUAUAUAAAAUCAAUGAUGUAUGUGGACCAACGGGAUAUCUCAAAGACAUCCAAGCGUUGAUUGUCAGCCGUGAGUCCUUUUCGGGAGGAGAAUAUGUUAAUAACUACCGAUCUGAACAUGACUUACCUAAACUAGAUGUUAUCGUUAUAAACGUUAUAGGUAAAGACAAGAUAGAAGAUGACAAAGAUUUUGACGGUAAAUUGAGCUCAACUGCAAUCAGAGAAGAAGAAUACAAAAGGAUAUAUGGGAAAGAGAAAGGUGGAGCCAUCUAG